AGCACGAUAUUAUUCUGUUGUGUUUAUUUUUGAAUUAUUUUUUUAUGAACGCCAGCAGUUACAAGGAAUGGCAACAAUAAUCAUCCGAAGUUCGGAGGGCGUUGAGUUCGAGAAGAACAAAGAGGAAGAGCGGGAGCUGAACAUGUCCAACGUCACAUCUCGUACCAUGUGCAAGAUCCUCCAGUGGAUCAACUACCACAAAGACGAAUCGCCGCACGAGUACGAUCAGGACGUGAGACAAGACAACAGCGUUCCCCGCUGGGACUCGUUUUUCUUGAACGUCGAACCGUUGAUGCUGUGCGAACUGAUAAUGGCCUCCGAGUUUUUGGGAAUGAACGUACUUCUCGACAUGAGCUGCCGCACCAUGGCGAACUGGCUGAAGGGCAAGAAGCCGGAGCAGAUUCGUCGGCUGCUCAAAAUAGAGAACGACAUGCCAUGGGAAUAACACUGGAUCGAAAUUAUAUGUGUACUAGUCAUUUAUUUUUUGUCGUAAUAAAUUAAAAUU